CCUCCCGAUCGCAUCCUGGUCACGGACUCACGGGCCCUUGUGAGCUGCUUCUCUCUCCUUUGCUCUCCCUCUAACCCUAGCAUUUCUAUCUCCAGUACAGUAUGUUAGGUGACGCGAUGCUGCGCAGCUUCCCUCAGGCCCGUCCGCUCCUCAGGAGGAUGGGGUUCGACAAGAGGGAUGCCUACUUCUUUAAGCAGAUUGGCAAGGGCAUGCUCUGCACCUACGCGCUUUUCGGCGCAGCAUGGCUCUGGAAUGAGACGUCGCCGCUUGGUUGGUGGACGCUCAAGCCACUCCCCAAGGAAGAAAAAGAAAUGGCACAUCUUUAUGAGCGCAGGGAGUUUCCCUACCCUGGUGAUGAAGAGGCAGUUGAGGAGUUCAUAAAAAGUGAGGGUGCUCUAGGUACCACGAUCGGGCCCAAAGGUUUUGCGGAUACAAAUGUGGACUCUGAUAAAAUGCAGAAGCAACUACAGUCGAAAAAGUUUGACCAGGAGGCACAAAACCUCUGGUUCCGAAUGAGGAAUGAGGUUGCACAUGAACUACAAGAGAAGGGAUUUGGUGUUGAAUGAAGUUUUAUUCUUCUGAAAGGAGAAGUGAAAUGGUGUCAUGCUAGAGUUAUCUUUGGACCGUCUCAGCUCUGCUAAUUGACACAUCAGCUAGUAACUUAGAAUAAAUGCAAAUAGGAAACAUGGAGCUUAUGCUACGAUUAUCCUCCUUUUUCCCGCUCUCUGCCUGGGCUCUAUCUUAUUCUAUGGCAAAUGUCUUUGCAGAGCAUCUACGUUGUGUCAUGUCAUGCCAAUAUUAAUCUUGUUGGCUUGUUCCAUUUCUUCUGUUACUGAUUUCUGAUCUUUAAGACAUGUUAUCAACCAGUUGUUGAGUCCUUA